AACAAGAAUAAAGAAUUCGUUUAAACCGUUUGUUUUGCACUGUAUUAUAAAAUAAUGUACUGUAACAACAUAAUUGUUUUAUUUAUUUAAGAAAUUAAAUUUUCUUUAAAUUAGACCAAGAACACAUUCACUCGCGAAAUCAAAGUUUUUGGAAAUACAAUAAUAAUUAUUUACGACUGGAAAGCCUAAUUGCGAAACAGAAGACGAAAAGUGAAUAACAAAAACGUAACGUCGCAAACAAAACAUAACCUCAUCAUUGUGGAAAAAGCGGGCAAAGCAAACGUCAAACAUUAGCAUUAGUGUCAGCACCUUCCUUUGCCUUUGUUGUAGGAAGUGUAUCAGAUAGAUAAUUUGGGAAUUAAUAAGCGGUUGCUGAGCAAAACUUGCGAAAAUUUCACCAAAAAGGAAGCAAAGUUUUCAUCAUAUAAGAAUGGAAGUGGAUGAUGCAUCUAGCCUGACAAGAGAUGCGCUAUACGCUGAACGGGCAGAGUCUCCCCGCUGGUUAGCAGAGAACGGUAGUUCUCGUACAACCAGUCACAUAGAGCAACGUAAUGGUUCAAAGCCUGUUGAGAAAAGCGAAAACGUGGAGGAUUCCUUUGAGAUAGAAUCACAGCCCGAAGAAGAAAAUAUGGAAAUACAUUCCGAUGAUAAAAACGAGGAUGAUACACCUUAUUUGGAGUCGGCAUUAAAGUUAGAAGUAUCCAGUACAGAGGAUGAAGAUAGUCGUGACACUGGCUCCGCAGAGCGUCAACAAUCAAUAUUAAAUACUCAAAAUAGAGAUAUGAAAAUUAAUGCAAUUAAUAUGUCACUCAAACGAAAACGCUACGAAAUACACCAUUCAGAUUCAAAAGAAUGUUUGUUAGGAUUUGAUGAGCAAAGUGGAGAACCAAAGGUUAUAAAGGCGGAUUUAGAAACACUAAUGAAAGUUACGAUUGUUCAACAUGAAAAUAAAGAAAGUCCAAAUUCAAUUGCCCAAACCAGCAAAAAAGUGAAGCAAAAAACAAAUGCUUCUCCAUCACGAACUUCACCUGGAUUACAAGUAUCUUCGAAAGAUUCGUCAUUGGUAAAGGUGUUUGAGGAAAAACAAGUUAAAAAAGAAGAAAAGUGUCCAGAAGAGCAAUCGGAGCAUAUAGUGGCUGAUAAUGAAGAAACUGAAAGCCACAUUACGAAAAAUAUCAAUGUGGUAACAAGUUCCGCAACUCCAAGUGGAAUAGGUGUGACCAAAAAGCCAUUGUCAGCUCAAAAUGAUUUUUAUAAAAAGCCUUUUGAUUAUGGUUGGAAACGUGAAUUAGUAUGGCGUGCAAAUAUAGAAUCAAGUAAAGAUAAAGCUGAUGUGUACUUUAUAUCGCCUGGUGGUAAAAAAUUGCGAACAAGGAGUGAUAUUUUGCCUUUACUCGAGGGUGAUCUAACUAUAGAUCAUUUCAGUUUUGCUCGAGAGCCUCUUGGUGUUGGGUCGGAUUUCGAGACUGUGCGCAGUGCAAAGCCGUCUUCACGAGUUUCAGCAGCGGCUGCUACAAUCGCUGCAGCACCAACUCCUAAUAUUGGUAAACGAAUUUCUAAACCUAAAGGUCCCAAGGGGGCAAGUCCGCCUCCACAAGGAUGGACACCAACGCGAGCGCUUAAAGUGAAUAAUGCUUUGCUCAGUGGUACUGCCUCGAGUAGAUAUAUCACUAACUCGACUCCUGGUACACCUCCAAGUAGCCGGCAAGCCAGUUCCAGUAGUGGAACAAGUCAUAAAAGCAGUAAAUUAAAAAAGGGAUCUAUCACUACAAAUGUGACUGCAACAUAUCAGUCAAAUGCAGCAUCAGUAAAUAAUAUUAAAUCCACUGCAAUACUUGAACCAUGCACAAUCAAAUGCUCACGAGCAACUGGACAUAUUCCGCAACUGAAAUGUGUAAAAUGCCUCUGUCUAUUUCAUCAUGAGUGUGUCGGAUUAAACCGUUCAAAUAGUGAAUAUCGUAUUACUGGAGAGGGCAUUUCCCAAACGAAGGGACGUGAAUAUAUUUGCGAGGCUUGUACAUCUGUUCCAGAGAUAUCAACAAAAGUGGUAACACGUAAACCAACAAACGCUCGCCCCACACGUCCUGAAAAUAAGUAUCCUCAAACAAUUGCCGUAGUAAAAGGAAAAAAGUAUGUGAUGGUUGCCAAACCAAUUGCUCCCACAACUGAACAUGUCAACGAUAUCGAAAAUGAUCUGAAACAAAUUAAUGAAAGCAUCCGAAAUAAUCGAAAAACAUCCACAGUUUCAUUAGAUGCGCCUAUUCAAACUCUCGUUAUUUCACCCACCCAAACUACAACAGAUCAAUCAAACAAAGCGUUUGCGACAAAUUUUUUUGCAAAUGUAUCUUUUGCUUAUGACGCAUUACUUUGCAUUCUUAAGUAUUUGAAAAUUCACGAACGUCCACGCGCAGCUUCAGUGUGUAAACUGUGGAAUCUUGCUGCAAAGGAUACAUCUUUAUGGCAAACAGUUCGCAUGAAAAACUCCAGAGUGAGUAGCUGGGCGGGAUUUGCUGCUGCAUUACGCCGAGGCGAAACCAGGCAUUUGGACCUUAGAAAAAUGUUGGUAUCUAGUACGCGCGGUGAAGAAAUGUGGCAAGAAUUUUCUGAACAUAUUGGAACUGUCUUUUCAUUAGAAAUUAUCGAUUUAUGUCGUUGCUCAGCCCGUAUUGUUGAAGGUUUAUUUCAAAGCAACAAAAACCUACGCAUUUUAAAUGCUGUUGUCAUUAAUGAUGAUUCUAUAAAUCUUGAACACCUUGGAAUGCUAACUAGACUUGAAGAGCUGCGUCUCCGCACAUGUGAACCAGGUGUAAUUACAGGCAACUUGCAAUCCCUACAAUCAUUAAAAAAACUCAACCAGUUGUCUUUAACUGCCGUACGCGAGUUGGGUGCUAAAGGGGUCGAAGGUCUUAGUGAACUUGUGAAUUUACGUUCUUUGGAAUUAGGUGAAUGCGGCGACUUUGAUUCAACAUUCGCAAAGGUUGUACUUCCGAAAUUAAAAAAUCUGCGCCGCUUACGUCUUGAAAAUGGACAAGAGACAAGCUGUUGUACACUGGAAAUAUUAGACGUCGUCGCACAACUAAAGGAACUUGCACAACUUGAACUUGUCAACUUCGACAUUAAAGCUGGAUUUGAUGAAAAAUUACAACUUUGUACCAACCUUCGGAAGUUACUUAUCAUUCCGACAUAUAUAUCACAAUCAGCGACCACGAAUCACAUUGUUUUGAAUGCUGUCCAACAAGUGGCUUCCACAUUGAAAGUAUUUACGUGGGGUGUGACGGUUGAACUGUUGCGCGUCACUGCUUUGUAUGUGGAUCAGUGCGAAGAAUCAACUAAAAAAGAGAAACAUCACUUUGAUGAAUGUAUUCCGGUACUGAAACCAGUGCCAGGCGCACCUACCGCUGACGAUGAAGAUGAUGAAGAAAUGGAAAAGCCAAAAGAGGAGUCAGUGCCAAGCGAUGUACCCCAAAUUGAAAUAUUGCCGUUAGACAAGGUGGAAUUCAUUCUAGCAGACAAUUUACCGAAAACUAAAUUCACAAUCGUAAAAGUACCGUAUCAUGCAACAUGUAAACAACAACUUGUUGAAUGAGCGCUUAACGAACAAAAGAAAAAGGACGUUCUAAACUUUUAUACGAUUUAAAAUAAGAUUGAGUCUUGUACUUCCGAACAUCUGUAUCUAUAUUCUUCUUUCACAGCAUAUUAAAAAGUUCGAACUGUAAAGCCAAUUCAUAAUAUUCGCGUAUACAGAAUAUGCAAAGUUAAUUCUUUUUUUUAUUUCAUUUCAGUUUUAAUUUGAAAGAGAGUUGUUAAUAUUUGGAAGAAGAAAUAUUUAUAUUGACUUUAAAAUGAACUGCGUAUACUAUAUUUAAGUUUGUGCUGCACUUAGCAAUGAAAUCUAGCUUGAAAUUCCCACACACUACAUUCACAUACAUACAUACUUACGUUUGCAGAUUUAAGCUGCUAAUGUUAUUGUAGCUAAGCAAGCUCAUCAGAAUUAAUAUAAUUAUUAGCAUUAAUAACUUUAAAAAUGAAGUUUUUAAUAUAAAUAUAUAAUAAUAUGAGUUGCAGAUUUACAAUCGCAAUAAAUUGUAGACGUAAUCACAAA